AUGUUUUCCGAUUAUACGUCUCCGUUUUCCCAGAAGAGGGACUGUGUUUACUAUGUGCCAUGGCUGUCGCUGAUCUCGUUUUUGCUUGUGCUUGCGGGGACAAUCACCUGGGGUGUUGGCACGUCCGCUGCCAUGAAAAACAUGAAUCUUAUGGUGGACGCCCUGCGAAUCAAUUUUGAACUGCAACUAAACACCGCUCAGGUGGUUGCGGUCCUUAUCAUUGCCGGUUGCUGUGUCCUGGCCGCGGGUAUGCUGGCCAUGAGCAGUGGCAGGUCCUGCACCGAGUACGCAGUCGAUAAACGGGGCGCACCGACCCGCGGGUCGCGUUUCUGGCUCGGAUUCUCCGCAGUCGUCACGGUACUCUGGUGGAUGGUCUUGGUACUGCUCAUGUUCGUCUUCUUCGUAUGCAUACUGUGGUACUCGCUUCAGCAGUUAGAGCAUUUGCAGGACCUGCACAUUAUCACCCGUGUCAAUAAGCCGUGGUUCGGAUUAAUGUUCGUCGUGACAAGUGUGCUGGAUGUGAUCGUCGAAACAGCCGAUGAUUUCGUAUCUUGGGGCAUCGAGUACCACAACGUUACCAAGGCCAUCCUGGAAGCCCAGCUAGGUCCUUUGCCCGACUACAUCGACACAAACACCUGCCCUCCGAACUGCCUCGACUUGGAUAUUGCUGCCUACUUCAUCGGGAGAGAGGCGUGCAUCUGCGGUGCGGGCGUGAUGGCGUCUGCAUAUGCCUACGCGGUCAAGGCCUCGAGCGCCACGGUGGCGGUGGCGGCCCGGCGCGAGAGGGCGCUGCUGCUACGGGUGCAGCGGGCGCUCGCUGCGAGCGGGGGUGGCUUCACGGGCGCAGCAGGAGUUCUGUCCUCGGACGCGCCUCAGCAGCCGGUUGCGGCGCCGGCGGGGGGACCAGGCAUCGAGCUCACUGCCGCCACGUACGGCGUUCAGCCGAAGUACGGCGAGGGGAUCUACGCUGACGUGGACAAGGUGCCGCUGCUGAAGAAUCCUCAGCAGGCUUACCCGCAGCCGUACCAGGAGCAAUUUCAGCAGCCGUACCAGCGACCGCAAGAGCAGUACCAAUACCAGGACCGGCCCGCGGUUGUUGUGGUUCAGCAGAGCGAUGUCCCUGCGGACAGUCAGGGGCGCCAGCCCGGCCAGGUCGUCGAGCCAAGCCGUGCCGAGCUGGCCUGGGUGGGCACCGACUACUUCUUGAUGGAAUUAGCAGUCCUCAAGGGAGCUAGGGAGGGCCCAGAGGCCAGCGGGAACUGAACGGGAUGCUUUUGUGGGCACGCCCAAUACCUAGCAAGUGCUUCCCGAAUAUGGUGACUGUGGAAACCCUAGGUGGUGCCUUUAUUUCGCGCUCGCUUGUUCGUUGAUGUGUGAGGAGUGCAUGGUAAACCGUCCCCCGGCGCGACGUUGUUGUCGAUUAUCGUGCCCAAUUCAUUAAAAGAUACCAAUUGAUAGGGUGCACCUUGCACCUAUUGCAGUGAAGAGGCUGAAUGUAGGCAGUGGUGCAGUUUACGUGCGCGUAGGAUGUGUACAGGCCUCUCACUGGCAGUGGCACGGGCCCUCUCGCUGUCACCAUGAUAGCCACGGGCCCGCCGUGCGCCGUGCCCAAGGCGCUCGGUACAGCAUCAGCCUCGGAGCGCGCUGAUCAACCUCCGACAGCCUGUGGGGAUGACAUGC